UGCUAUAUUAGUUGUUUGAACUAUUGAGGUUUUGAGUUUUAUGUUGGACAUUUUUUUUAGUUUCUGUUUAUGCAGUUGUGUUACCACUUAAUAGAUACCCUCUAGUAAAGGAAUACCCCACAGACAACAAAAAGAUAGAUUAUCUUGGUCUCUACUUUGUUCAAUCCAAUUAUGAGUUAUGUUUAUUAAUGAUAUUUUUUAGACGGUUUAGAGUCAACAAAAUUUUAUGAAGUUCUACAGAAAAUUCUAAUAUAUGUCUUUCUUUGAAGAAAAUGAUGAUGUAAAAAAAAGUAUUAUUAUAUAAUGAAGACUGUGUAAACACCAGGAUGAGAAUCAGAUAUUUUAUGUGUAGAAUCCCAUGAUUACAACACUAAGAAUUUACACAAAUUUUCAUAGAGAAAGAUUCAAGAAAUUGAUACAAAAUUUUAGACCAUUAGUUUAAACUGUAAGCCACUAAAAACCAAACUUUCUCAGCUAAUAAUUGUGAGCAACCUGUACUUACAUGUUGUGGUGGAGUGCAUUAGCUUUAUCCCUAGAUCGAAGACUUAGUUUUUUUGUGAAUGAGAAAGUAAAAAACCCUUUCAAUUUUCAAUUUCUCAAGUUUUUUUAUUUUUUGUAGUUUUUCAAUUGGACUUGUUGAAUUUCAAAAAUUAAAAGUGCUGAAAUCCUACAUUAGAUAGUGAAAUAAUCUGAUCAGUGGUUAUAAGUGAGGGAUAACCCUCUUCUUACAAAUUGGUUUUGUAGGAUUGAGUUAGACUCAACCUCAAAUUCUAAAAUAGUAUCAAAAUCUAUAUUCGAUAAGUUUGGCCACCUCGUUACCGAGCUACCAAGAUCACACUCCAAAUGUAAUCCUAGACAUGAGGUGUGUUUUUAGAAUCUCACGUUGGAGAGCGAUUUGGUCUAAAAUUCUAAAUAGUGGUUAUAUUUGGGUGCCAACCCUCACCUUUCAAAUUGGUUUUGUAAGGUUGAGUUAGACCAAAACUAAAUUCUAUUAAAGAUUUAUUUAUAGUUGUCAACUUGUUGUAAAUAGAUCAUCAUAUAUGUGUGUGUAUGUUUGUUGGCAGUUCAUAUGUUUUUAGAUAAAUUUAUUUUGAGAUUAUAAAUUACUACCUCCGUCUCUAAAUAUAAGACACUUUUGAGAAAAUUGUCUCUUUUCAUAAGACUCUUUAUACCAUAUGCAAUUAACAAUAAAUUCUAUGAGGGGAACAUAAACUAUUUUUCUCUAUUUUUCUCUGAAUAAUAAAUUUGUAAACACAAUAUCAAUUAUCAUUAGAUUUAAUACUACCAUCCACUUUUUUAAUUCCAAUGAUCUAGUCAGGGGGUCUUAUAUUUAGGGAUGGAGACAGUAUAUACUUUAUUGUGAUACACCAUUAAACAUGUUAUUACUUAUUAUAGAUGAUUUUUGUUUUUUCAUCGUAUAUUAUUUAAACAAUUGAACUAGUUUUUUUAUUCUGAUUUAAUUAAUCACUUUUUUUGAUAACCUUGAGACCAUAGUUAUUAAAUCUAGAUACGAAAUCAGAUUGGCAUGUUUGAUGCGGUAGAUCAGCGACUUGGUCAAAUGGUCACUGCAGACAACAUGUUUGAUGGAGGUGUCAAUAUCAACGAUAGCUCAUAUGGCCCAUCACAUUUUCCCCCUAGUACGACUCCCUAAAUCCGGCCCCUUGAAUAUUAACUCACAAAUGAAAAAAGUUAUAUUGGUUAGGGAUGGGGCUGGGCCGAUCAAUGGUGGGCCACCCCCUGUUAUACAAAUACUAUGUAUAUAUGUUUACCUAGGGUUUUCUAUUCGGUCGUUGCUGAACUCAUCCAGUGCUCCCGUGUGCUCUUUUGCAUUGGCAUUGCUUUCGGCUCAUAUAAAUUUUCUAGUAUAGCUCCAAUUCCUCGAUUUCUCCUCCCUUUCUUGGUUAUUAACGUUCCCUUGCUGAAUCUGUUUUUGUCGCAGUGGUGGGUGGGGAAACAACAACAGUUCUUCCGAAGGAACAAGAGAGAAGUUGCUAUUUCAAAACAAGUUGGUAGUAAGAAAUGGUGAAGUCGUUUGGUUUGGGAUCUGAACCAGUGGGUGGUAUCUUGAAUCCUUCAAAGAAGAGAGAGUAUAGAGUCACCAAUCGCCUCCAAGAGGGCAAGCGUCCUCUAUAUGCUGUCGUUUUCAACUUCAUUGACUCCCGCUACUUCAACGUUUUCGCCACUGUUGGUGGCAAUCGGGUUACUAUUUAUCAUUGCCUUGAAGGAGGAGUUAUUGCUGUAUUGCAGUCUUAUGUAGAUGAAGAUAAGGAUGAAUCUUUUUACACAGUGAGCUGGGCUUGCAAUCCUAAUGGUUCUCCAUAUGUUGUGGCUGGAGGAAUAAAUGGUAUAAUUCGGGUCAUUGAUGCUGGCAAUGAGAAGAUACACAAGAGUUUUGUUGGCCAUGGGGACUCCAUAAAUGAAAUCAGGACUCAAACGUUGAGGCCAUCACUUGUAAUAUCUGCCAGCAAAGAUGAAUCUGUUCGGUUAUGGAAUGUUCACACUGGAGUAUGCAUUUUGAUAUUUGCUGGAGCUGGUGGACACCGUAAUGAAGUCUUAAGUGUUGAUUUUCAUCCAUCAGAUAUAUGUAAGAUUGCCAGUUGUGGCAUGGAUAAUACUGUAAAAAUAUGGUCUAUGAAGGAUUUCUGGAGCUAUGUAGAGCAAUCAUUCACAUGGACAGACAUCCCUUCUAAGUUUCCUACAAAAUAUGUCCAGUUUCCUGUAUUUAAUGCUUCAGUUCAUUCAAAUUACGUUGAUUGUACUAGAUGGUUGGGUGAUUUUAUACUCUCAAAGAGUGUUGACAAUGAAAUUGUCUUGUGGGAACCUAAAGUGAAGGAACAGGCUCCAGGGGAGGGCUCGGUCGACAUACUUCAGAAAUACCCUGUUCCCGAGUGUGACAUAUGGUUCAUAAAAUUUUCUUGUGACUUCCAUUACAAUGCAGCUGCAAUAGGCAACAGGGAAGGGAAAAUUUAUGUCUGGGAAUUGCAGUCAAGUCCCCCUGUUCUUAUUGCAAAGUUGUCUCAUGCUCAAUCCAAAUCUCCAAUCAGGCAGACGGCCGUGUCCUUUGAUGGAAGUACUAUUUUAAGUUGCUGCGAGGAUGGGACAAUAUGGCGCUGGGAUGAUUUUUCAAACUCAGAAGCUGCUUAACUUAUUUUCGUGCACUGUAGAUGUAAUGUGCACAAUAUGUAAUAAUCCAAUAUGAGGUACCCCUGGUUUAUGGGUUGAACUAGUCAUGAACAUGAGAACCUGGUUUAUGAUUUCACAAAAACAUGUUUUAUCUGGAUCGCUAAAAUAUAAAAUGUGGAUUUAUCACUUUUA